AACUCAAAAGCAUUUCCGGAUUGCAAAUGGGUUUGACAAUUGUUAAUGUUAACUGUUUCAGAAAUGUUCGAAGAAUAAAAAACUAAUUGGAUAUUAUUACAAACAGAAAUGGCGUGUACAGUGUAGCAACCAGAAGGGAUGAAUGAAGAUGGUAUUUUAUGGAUUGUUGUAGCGGUCUGCUGUGCUGUCUUGUUCACCAUUACAGUAGUUAUUGCCAGUAUAGCAAUUAAAUGGUAUUGUAGACGUUCUGGACCACCAAGAAUAAUACGUCAAAGUGCCGAGAAUCAAAGUCCCGCAGUUCCAAUGUCUGAUAUAGAACUAAAUGACACUAUUUCUGAUCAAAGACAGGUAGAACAAUAUCAAAAUGAUGAUAAUAUGAUGCAGGAACAAGUUUACCAGAUAUACAAUGAAUCUCCACAUCCAGACCCAUCAGCACCCCCUCUUCCACCGGAAUAUUAUAUGGAAUAUACUUGACACUAGAAUGGAGAUACAAAUUAUAUGUUGUGUGCGCUUAAACAUUUAACUGAUUUCUUAGUUAAAUGUCAUAGAAUGCAAAAUAUUCAUAUUUGUGUCAGUUUACCAUUCAUAAUCAUUUAAUGGUAUAUUGUAAAAUUACUUUCUCACUUUCAUCUAGUUUAUUUUAAUGUAAACAUACAUUUGUACAGUUAUUUGAAAAAUGUAGAAUAUUCAGUCUAAGUGUG